GCCACCGCUACCGCCGCCGCCGCCGCCGCCGAGGUGACUGAGGAGAGAGGCGCCUCCUCGCUCCCGCUGCCGCCGGACUUCAAUGCCCAGUUCCCAGCUCGCCAGCGUUUUUCGUUGGAAUAUACGUUGCACAUUUAUGGCGAUUCUGAGCGUGAGGGCAGACUUCUGCCAGGCUCAGCACAGCGUUUUCGCUGACAAGUGAGCUUGGGGGUUCUAUGUGCCAUAAUUAACAUUGCCUUGAAGACUCUGGACACCGAGACUGGCCUCAGAAAUAGUUGACUUUUUUUUUUUUUUUUUUAUUGCAAGUAUAUUUCUUUUAAUGACUCCAGUAAAUUAAGCAUCAAGUAAACAAAAGUGGAAAAACGACCUACACUUUUAAUGUGUCUCACUAGUGCCUAAAUGUAGUAAAGGCUGCUUAUGUUUUGUAUGUAGUUGGAUUUUUUUGGACUCCGAAGGAAUCCAUCUGCAGACAUUGAGGCCCAAGUUGAAUUUGGAUUGGUGUGGAUUCUAAAUACUUCUGCUUAUCUUGAAGAGAAAAGCUUCAUAAAGAAUAAACAAGUUGAAUAGAGAAUACUGAUUGAUAAUAGGCAUUUUAGUGGUCUUUUUUAAUGUUUUCUGCUGUGAAACAUUUCAAGAUUUAUUGAUUUUUUUCCCCCCAAUUUUCCCCAUCAUACUCACACACACGCACGCUCACACUUUUUAUUUGCCAUAAUGAACCGUCCAGCCCCUGUGGAGAUCUCCUAUGAGAACAUGCGUUUUCUGAUAACUCACAACCCUACCAAUGCAACUCUCAACAAGUUCACAGAGGAACUUAAGAAGUAUGGAGUGACAACUUUGGUUCGAGUUUGUGAUGCUACAUAUGAUAAAGCUCCAGUUGAAAAAGAAGGAAUCUACGUUCUAGAUUGGCCAUUUGAUGAUGGAGCUCCACCCCCUAAUCAGAUAGUAGAUGAUUGGCUGAACUUGUUAAAAACCAAAUUCCGUGAAGAGCCAGGUUGCUGUGUUGCAGUGCAUUGUGUUGCAGGAUUGGGAAGGGCACCUGUGCUGGUUGCACUUGCUUUGAUUGAAUGUGGAAUGAAGUAUGAAGAUGCAGUUCAGUUUAUAAGACAAAAAAGAAGGGGAGCAUUCAAUUCCAAACAGCUGCUUUACUUGGAGAAAUAUCGACCUAAGAUGCGAUUACGCUUCAGAGAUACCAAUGGGCAUUGCUGUAUUCAGUAGAAAGAAAUACAAACGAAGGCUUAUGUGAUUGUGGCAUUUAGAGGGAACUCUUGGUACCUGGAAAUGUGAAUCUGGAAUUUACCUGUGUCAUCGAAAUAGUGUUGGAUUCAGUGCUCCUCAACCACUCUUCGUAACAAUUAGGAAAAAGUAAACAAAUAAGAAAUCCCUCUAUAACGUGAAUAAAAUGUUUAAGAAAAGAAAAAAGAAAAAAAAAAAAGAAAGAAAAAAGGGAUUAAUUCAGUGAAGGAUGAUUUUCUCCUAGUUUUGGAGUUUUAAUUUCUGCCAGGAUCGAAUUAUUUUAAUAUCUCCUGUCUUUUUUAACUUUUUCAGAAUAGGUCUCUAAGGAAAACCAGCAGAAUAUUAGCCUGUGCAGAACCACCUGUUUGGGGAGCACAUCUUUCAUUAUGCUUGGCACAUAGAUUUCCCUGUGGUGGGAUAUUUGGGAGGAGGAAAGAGGUGCAUUUUCCCCCUCUUUGUUUUCUCUUGUCCCCUCCUUUCCCCUGAUACAUAUUGUAGAUGGACUAGGAGAAGCCCUUAUUGCUGUAGAUUUGCGUGCAGUCUGGCAGCCUUAAGCCCAUCUGGGCACUUUUAAGAGGAAAAACAAACAAAAAUGUUAAAAAAACACCCAAAAAAAAAAAAAAAAAAAAAGGCAUGCAGGUGGUUUUAGUCUUUACUGAUGAUGGAGUGUUCAUCUUAGUUUCUUUUCCUCAAAGCCUUGAUCUAACAUUAGGCAAAGUAGCCAAGAAACUUGUUUUGGUAAAUUAGUGGGGAAAUAGCAUUUGAAGAGGAAUCUUUAUUCUCAAAGAACUUAGCUGAGAGUAGAAUUCUUCUCUUUACCAACCAAUGAUGCUAAGUGAGUAUCCCAGAAACUUGUUUUCUGAAGAGGACAGCUCUAGUUCAUUACUAAAAAUAUGUUCAGGCCAAGAAUUAGCACACUCUACAAACAGUAGAAUUGUGGACCAUAGCACUACUCUGAUUUUCUGUCUAAUGAUGUCAGGGAAUACUGGUAGCUUAAAACUUUUACUUCAGGACUUAAUUGUACUCUGAAUUUUCGGAAAUGGUCAGAGGAGCAGCAGCAAAUUCACAAUAUUUAGGUCUUGAGAAAUGCCUGUGGCGAUCAUUUUUCAAACUAUUCCCUAUAUGUAUAGUUCAGUUGAACCACUGAUUGCCUUGUUAUUUUCUUUCUAGAUUCUUUUUGAGAUUAUUAAAAAAAAAAAAAAAAAAAGAAGUCACUGGUUCAGAACCAGCAAUGCUGUAAACAGGGUAGAAGAUACCAGGCAACCCAGUGAGUAGCAAAGGGACUGUGUUGCUUAUGAAGUGGUAUAGUAGCAUUUUUUGCAAAUCUCUGCUGGGUUCAAUGUGCUGAUUUAGAAAGAAAAGCUGUUUUUCUCCUCAUUUGCAGAAGGCAGUUAUGACAGGCUGUAUUGACAAAGCAAGUAGAAGGGCACCAUCAGGGGUUCUUGCACUCUUUUCACCUAAAUAUUAAAUAAUAGUGCCCUGCUUCUAAGGCUCUGAAUACAGGCUUAGAGUCAUCUUGUCUUGCUGGAGUUUGCUGUGCAGAGCCAUAAGCUUUCCAUUUUGUUUAGUGUCAGCUAGGCCAGUAGGAAUGGCACAGGACCUCGUCUCUCACUGAUGAUACCUCAGACGUUGGCCGGCUAUGUGAACUGCCUAUUUCCUAUUGCCGGAGUUGUUUUCGAUUUUUAACUAAAUACAAAUCUGUAGAUUCUCCUCUCCCUCAUCCCAGCAAACAAAGCAAAAUAAUGCUUUUUGACAUUGUUUCUAGAAUUUUCAAGUAAAAAAAUGAUGGUACUAUCCAAAAUUCUUUUUAUUUCUGAAUAUGACAAUAGAUUCCUUUAACACAGACUCGAGAUCAAAUCAAAAUAUCAUAACCUCUAAGUUCAGAUAUACUUUCAACUCUUUGGAUCAAUGCCAUCAGAAACCUUUUCCAUUUGAUAUGCUCUGAAUGUUGUUUGGGGCGGGGAGUAUAGGUGUGUGCAUUCACAUGCAUGCAGCCUCCAUCAGUACCAGUGCCUGCCCGAGUUAGGAGAACUACAUUCCUGGUUCUAAGCGAGAAGAAGGGUAUAUAAAACAAAGUGAAACAUUAGCCCUCAUUUUAUUUUAAAUUACAGAGUAAUGUUAAUUGUUCUCAGAACUGGAUUUUUUCCCAUCAAAACAUUUUUUUUUCCUUUGGAUUUAAUGAAGUAUUGCUAGCUGAAGCCAGUUUGACAUGGUGAGAGAGAUGUCAGACUGAUGCAGCCUGAUUUAAAACCAAACCCUGAACCCUUUUAAAGAACAAUAAAACAUAUUUUACACGUUC